AAAAAAAAAAAAAAAGACGGGUGUUGCUUGACUGUUCCCUCCCUCGUCCCCUUCAGCCAAGCACUCAGCCAGACACGAUGGCGCAGGACAACGACAUGCCCACGGCUGCCGACAAGGGCAAAGGCAAGGCCGUCGACGAGCCCAAGAAGGAAAAAUCUCUUGUGAACGGCAAGAAGGAGGAUGAGAAGAUUAUCGAUUCGGCCGAGGAACUUAGUGAGGAGGACCAGCAGCUCAAGAACGAACUUGAAAUGCUCGUCGAGCGCUUGACGGAGUCCGAUGCAUCGCUGUAUAAGCCGGCAUUGGAAGCCAUGAAGAAUUUCAUCAAGACGUCGACAUCCUCGAUGACGGCGGUGCCGAAGCCGCUGAAGUUCCUCAGGCCACACUACGAGACCAUGACGAAACUCUACGAUAGCUGGCCGGAAGGGGACGACAAGACUUCUCUUGCGGAUGUCCUGUCCGUGAUCGGCAUGACGUUUUCCGACGAGGACAGGCAAGACACGCUCAAAUAUCGCCUGCUCGCCCCGUCGUCAGACAUCAGCUCGUGGGGCCACGAAUACGUGAGGCAUCUGGCCUUGGAGAUUGGCGAGGUGUACGGGAAGCGGAUAAACGCAGAGGAGGACACCACCGACCUGGUCGACCUCGCGCUGAUCCUCAUCCCCUUGUUCCUGAAAAGCAACGCCGAGGCCGACGCCGUGGAUCUGAUGAGCGAGCUGGAAAUCAUCGACCGACUGGGGGACUAUGUCGACGAGAACACCUACGCCCGUGUCUGCCUCUACCUUGUCAGCAUGGUCAACCUGCUCACGUACCCCGAGAAUGUGCUCUUCCUUAAGACGGCUCACGACAUCUACAUGGAGUAUGAGCAAUUUACGCAAGCGGCGGUGAUCGCCAUCCGGUUCAAUGAUGCCGAUCUCGUCAAGGGCGAUAUCGAGGCGAGCCAUGACGUGGUCCUGCGACGGCAAAUCGCCUUCCUGGCGGCCCGGCAGCGCAUGGUGCUGGAAGACGUCUACGAAAAGCUUCUCGAGCAGGACCCGGAACUCCAGGACUGCCUCUCCAACAUCAAGCUGUCGGAGCAUUUCAAAUCCCUGGGCAAGGAGCUCAACAUCCUGGAGCCCAAGACGACCGAGGACAUCUACAAGAGCCACCUGGAGAACAGCCGCGUCGCGGGCAUGACGAACCUGGACUCGGCUCGGCACAACCUCGCGGCGGCCUUUGUCAACGCGUUUGUGAAUGCCGGUUUCGGCAACGACAAGAUGAUGCUCGUCGACAACGACAAGGAGAGCUGGGUGUGGAAGACCAAGGGAGACGGCAUGAUGUCGACGGUGGCUUCCCUGGGCACGCUCCUCAUGUGGGACGUGGAGAACGGGCUGGACAAGGUCGACAAGUACACGUACGCAGCUGAGCCGGAGAUCAUGGCCGGCGCCAUGCUUGCCAUCGGCAUCAUGAACGCCGGCGUCCGUCUCGACUCGGAACCGGCGCUGGCGCUGCUGGGCGACGCGGACAAGCUGCGGAACCCGCAUGCGCACCCGCUGGUCACGACGGCCUGCCUCAUGGGCCUCGGGCUGUCGUAUGCCGGGUCGAACAAGCUGGAGCUGCUGGAGCUCCUGCUCCCCAUCGUCACCGACUCGUCGGUGGAGAUGCGCAUCUCGGCCAUGGCGGCGCUCGCCUGCGGGCUGAUCUUCGUGGGAUCGUCCAACGCCGACGUCAGCGAGGCGAUUGUGACGACGCUGCUGGACGACGAGCGCAAGGUGCAGCUGACGUCCAAGUGGACGCGGUUCCUGGGCCUCGGGCUCGGCUUGCUCUUCUUCGGGCGGCAGGAGCAGGUGGACGUGAUUCUGGAGACGCUCAAGGCGGUCGACCACCCGAUGGCGCGGCCGACGGCGGUGCUGGCGGAGAUGUGCGCGUGGGCGGGUACCGGGGCGGUGCUGAAGAUCCAGGAGCUGCUGCACAUCUGCAACGAGCACGUGGAGGAGCCGGACGAGCAGCACAAGAGCGACGAGCUCCUCCAGGAGUACGCGGUGCUGGGGAUCGCGCUGGUGGCGAUGGGCGAGGACGUGGGGCAGGAGAUGGUGCUGCGGCACUUUGGGCACCUGAUGCACUACGGCGAGGCCAACAUCCGGCGGGCGGUGCCGCUGGCGAUGGGGCUGAUCAGCCCGAGCAACCCGCAGAUGAAGGUGUACGACACGCUCUCGCGGUACAGCCACGACAACGACAACGACGUGGCGAUCAACGCCAUCUUCGCGAUGGGGCUCCUGGGGGCGGGCACGAACAACGCGCGGCUGGCGCAGCUGCUCCGGCAGCUGGCGAGCUUCUACCACCGGGACCAGGAGUCGCUGUUCAUGGUGCGGAUCGCGCAGGGCCUGCUGCACAUGGGCAAGGGGACGCUGUCGGUGAACCCGUUCAACACGGACCGGCAGGUGCUCUCGCGGGUGUCGGCGGCGGGGCUGCUGACGGUGCUGGUGGCGAUGCUGGACGCGAAGGAGUUUAUCACGUCGGACUCCCACUACCUGCUGUACUUUCUGGUGACGGCGAUGCACCCGCGGUUCCUGGUGACGCUGGACGAGGAGCUCAAGCCGCUCAAGGUCAACGUGCGCGUGGGUCAGGCGGUGGACGUGGUGGGCCAGGCGGGACGGCCCAAGAGCAUCACGGGUUGGCAGACGCAGAGCACGCCGGUUCUGCUGGCGUACGGCGAGCGAGCCGAGCUGGAGGACGAAGAGUAUAUUAGUCUGAACAACACUCUGGAGGGCUUGGUCAUUCUGAGAAAGAACCCGGAAUGGGAGGACAGCAAGUAAAAUAUAUGGUCCCAACAGGGUGUAUUUACCCAAGGUCAGCUGAAGGAAGGGGGCAGGUUAAAAUGAUACGGUGUAUAUUACAUGUUCGUUGCACAACUCGUAGGCUGCAGAGUUGAGGCCGCCUUGAGGCGCGAUGGGCGGAUGGACUUUGCCCUUGAGCAAUUUUACGAUAGACGGCUCACUCCCAAGGUAUCAAGAUGUCGAUUUCCAUGACAGGCUAAGCUAGCUGAUGUACCGUAUUCAUCGGAGUACCGAAUCUCAGUGCUGUGCCGUUGGAGAUCUUCUUCCAAAUACUCGGAAACUUGUAUGUGUAUACAGUAUAUAUGUGUAUAGCUGUGUUAGGCCCCUGAAACGGUCAUAUCGUACCUAGGUAAAUUAGGCUUGGGUUCUUGGACUAGUAUGAACUUGGUUAUAUAUCAUCGU